AUGGACUUUCACAAUGAUGUCGCCAAGACGCCGUCUGCUACCCCUCGUUCGCGAUCGGAGAACGCAGACAUCAAUAUGGCCACGGCAGCACAUUCUUCUCCAUUGCCAAUUCAUACCCAAGCCCAUAAACAAACUCCGUCCAUAAGCAGAAAAAGAACAAACGAACAAGUCUACCAACCAGUCGAACAGCCAAGACCGUCUCCCACAGCAUCAAGAUUCCAAAUACCUGCCAAUACAGGACCAAAUGUGGAAAGCCAGCACGAGCUCUUUGAAACAGAGCGAGAUCAUGACAAUGAGCACUCUAGACAAGAAACGUUGUCAACUCAAGCAGACUCUAGCAACCAGCGAGACGCCGCCACCCAGCCAACGACAACUAAUCCCCCACAUACCAGCAACCAAGGCUUCGUCCGCGGAAUCCAAGCAUACCAGCAACGGCUAGAACUGGACUUUCAAGAAUUCGAGCACUCCUUGACUGAGAGAGAGAAGAGUGCCGAGCUGACCUCGAUCGAUUGGGAUGAGCUAGAGACGCGCUACAACGACGAGAUUCAACCAAAGAUCGACGCUGAACAAGACAUCAUGAAGGAGUUUACUGCUCGUUUCCAGCAAUUCAUGCUGUACAUGCAAGUGUCCAACGACCACGAGUCAGAGCGAGCUGUCAAAAGAUUAAGAACUCGUGUUGCGCUUGCCCAGAAUGCUGAGAAUUCUCUUGCCGACAAGCAAGCCCACCAUGCAAAGGUCCUUCAAGCAUUUCAAAGUGCAAUGGCGCUCCUGGCAAAUCCAUAA